AAGAAAAAAGAAAAAGAAAAAAAUCAGCUUAUUAUUUUGGGCCAGUCUGAGACCCAAGGCCCACGCCACCCAGCCCAUCACUUCCAGACGCCCACCUCUCCAUAACCCUAAAACCAGUUCUCUCUCUCAAGCUCAUCGCGUCAAUCAUAGAAGUUCUGGGUUGAGCAGUCAAUCAUGUUCUGGGGGGUUGAGGUGAAAAGUGGAGAGACUCUUAAGGUUAUACCUUUUGACGCCAUAAUUUUGCACCUUUCCCAGGCAAAUGUUGGUGAACAGAAAAAGGAGAAAAAGAAUAGAACCACUGUCACCUUGGUUGUGAAUAUCGAUGGAAAGAAGCUGGUCCUUGGAACACUCUUCACCGAUAAGUUACCUCAGCAAAAGUUUAACUUGUGGUUCAACCGGGAGUUUGAGCUUUCCCACAACUGUAAAAGCGGAAGUGUCUACUUUCAUGGAUACUGGGCCUUAAACCCUGAUAAAUAUCCUUUGGAUAACUUGAUACUUGAUGAUGACGAUGAAGACUUGAUACUUGAUGAUGACGAUGACUCUGAGGAUGAGGACAGCUCUGAAGAUGAAUCUGAUGAGAGUGAAGAGGAAGAGACCAGCGUCCCCAGCGAACCAAACCAGCAGACACGAGAAUCCGGAGAAUUGGAUUUCUCCUGCAAGAGCUGCCAUAAGUAG